AUGAAGUUCGUGAUAAUGUUGAUAACAUACUGCUUCGCUGUGAGCAAUGCCUCCGUACUGGACAUGUCGCGGCAGUUGUGGUCUCGCGCACUAAGUGGUGGUUUCGAUCGAAUCGGUAAACUCGAUCCAUUAAUUAUACCUGUAGUCAAGAUCGAUCAGACGGAGGGAAAUACGAGCUAUCGAGUAUUUUUGCGAAAUUUGCGGAUCACUGGUCUCAAUCAGUCUUCGAUCGAAAGUGUUCACAUUGCUAAAGGUAAACUGAAGUCAAAUUUGAGCGACGGAGAAGCUGGAUAUGUAAGUUACAAUGAGCAAAAAGAUUUGGAUGCUAUAAGGUACAGGUUUCAUACCUUAGUUAAGGAAAGGAAAUCUCAAAGUUCCGAAGAUGAGAGUGCUGAAGAAUUUUUGGAAUUCGAUCCUAUUGAAACGAAGACGAGAGAAGAAGAUGAUGAUGUAGCGGACGCUGCAGAGAAAGAAUUGCAAAGAAGAAGAUAUAAUUCGCAAAAAGAUGGAAGUAAAAGUCAAGAAAAACCACAACAACAAGAAUCUGAUGAUGACGCAGUUUUUGAAUUUAAUUAUGGAAAAGGAAAAGUCGCAUCGAACGCAAAUCAAAGAAAUCCGUCAACAGUGCGGAUAAUAUAUAAAAAUAACGGUCGGCCAUGUAUCGGUGUCUCCAAACAAUCGCCAGGAACAAUUGAAACUCGUAAUUACAACAAUCAACGUGAAAACAAUCCAGAACAAAAUUUUCCGUCUUCAACACAAGUUUAUGGAAGUGGAUUUUAUUAUGAAAAUCCGAGUCCCCAACUACCGAGUCAAUUUUCAGUGAGAACUAGUCAGAGACAAUUUCCCGAUGCUACCGGUGUCAAGACACAUCGUCCCAACAGUUCUGGGAUCAAAAAUAACAACAAGGAAGCCACCGCUCAGCAACCUGGAAAUCACCAAAAUCAUCGCCCUGAAAAUGUACCCAGUGUAAAGGGACAUAAUAGUCCAGCAAAUAUUAAUAAACCUCAUAAUCAAGGAAUUAAAAGUCAAACUGGAGGUGUUCAGUUUCCGGUAGUAAACCCCAGAAUUCCAGAUAAUCACAGAUAUAAUGAUAAUCAAGAACUAAUAAGUGCCGGUGUAAAAGGUUCACAUGGAAAUCCCCAGUUCGAAGCGGGAAAUACAGGGUUAAAGGGCCGCCCUCAGUCUCCAACGACUAAUCCUGGAAUUAAAUAUCAAGGCCCACAACGAGGAACCUUUGAAGGUUACACUUAUCGUCCUCCGCAACACGACAGAUCAAAUUCAAACCCGAUAAAGAACUAUGAUCAAUCAGGAGAAUCAAGACGUACCAAAGUCUCGCCUGGAUUACACAAUCGAUACAGCCAACCAACUCCUGUGCAAUAUGUCGAUGCAGUAUAUCCACCGUACUAUCCACAAGCCUUUCGAAUAGAGCAACAACCGGGUUUCAUCGACAUCGAAUACGCAAGUAAAACUAAAUCGCGUAAAUUAUCUACUCAGUCCGCAGAGCUCCAAAGCGCCACGAAUCAUGAUCCAAAAAUGUUCAAAAUUGAAAUCCUCAAGGACACUGCCGCCGAAUAUCUGAAGCAAAAUUUAACCAAAGGCAAGCCAUUGAAUCAUAACGAAACUUAUGCUGAGAGAAUAGAAGAGUUAGAGAGAUAUGCCGGAAAUUACGAAGAAAAAGACGGUUUUUACGAAGAAGGCAUAGAACUUAUUUAUCAUUUUGGCAACGACAGCUCAACCUUGGCCAACGACGAAACUCUAAUCCGUAAAAAACGCCAGCACCUACACGAGGAUGAGGAGGAGGAUCUGAUGCACGUGAUCGUGAAAGUGCGAGUACCACGUGUGAGCGUCGAUGCAAUGUACGCGCUAACGGGAAAAGUCGGAAAACAAGUGCUGCGAGGCAGCGGUCUACUCGUCGGAAACUUUAUCGAUGUGACAGCCGUUUUCUCGGUCGAAUUGAAAAAAGUCAACGACAAAACUAUGAUAGUUCGAGCCGCUCGUGCAAGACUCGAAUCGACCGGCAGUAGUAUAGAACUCGAAGGAAUGGACGAGAAGGGCCUCGUCAAGCCUAUUUUGAAACAAGGUCUGAUGGCUGCGGAGGCAGUCGCUGCAAUGGUCGCCGACGAUCUGGCCAGUAAAACUCUCAACGAGCAGAGCAGUGCCCAGACGACCAUCUACAAGAUGUACAGAGACGGGCCACUGAUCGAGCAAGCUUGAAAAUGAAUCGUUUUAUAACGAGUAAAAUAGUCUGAUUAUGUGCCCGUCUUAUGUAAUGCCGUGUAUGAUAUGUUUUUUUUUCAUUUCAUCUUACAACUGCCAUUUUUCA